CCAAAGAUCAAGUAUGUGAGGAUACGAAUCCGGCCAUGGAAAGGAAGGGCAAAGGCCGUCAGAAGAUCGCGAUGACAAGAAUGUCAAAUGAAAGCAACCGAAUGGUUACCUUCUCAAAGCGUCGUUCUGGGCUAUUCAAGAAGGCAAGCGAACUCUGCACCCUAUGUGGUGCUGAAAUUGCUAUCAUCGUUUUCUCUCCUGGCAAAAAGGCCUUCUCUUUUGGCCACCCUUGUGUUGACACUGUUGUAGAUUGUUUUCUCUCUCGAAACUCUCUACCCAAUUCAGGCUCGCUCCAACUUGUCAAGGCUCACUGCAAUGCGAAUGUUAGCAAGCUCAACUUGCAACUUACUGAAGCACUUGAUAUGUUGGAAGCAGAGAAGAAAAGAGGUGAAGAGCUUGACAAGAUGAGGAAAGCUAGCCAAGACAGGUGUUGGUGGGAAGCACCGGUUAGCGAGCUUGGACUUCAGCAACUCGAGCAAUUGAAGGUUGCAAUGGAGGAUCUAAAGAAGAAUGUUGCGAAGCAAAGUGAGAAGAUUCAGAUGGAGGAAUCGAACCCCUCGAGGUUUUUUGAAGCUGGGUCAAGUUCCAUGGGAUGGCGUGUUGGAGGUGCUUCUGAUGGUGUUAAGGUUUCAGGGCUACGUCUGUCCAUGACUCCACAUGGAUAUACCCUCGACUACGGACAUGGAUUUUUUUGAUAUUUUGUCGUUUGUCUUUUGUUGCUAUGAAGAACUUGCGUGUUUGCUUAUGAUUUUGGGUUUAAUUUGUUGGAAUUUUAAUAAAAAUAAAAUUAAUUAUUGCUAUUUAAUUUGUUUGA